CUCAGUCGCGUCUGAGCUUUCGUGCCGUUAAGUUGUUGGCCGCGCAGAGUUGCCCAAUACGAGGAAGUUGUCCACGCGACGCAGGCAGCAACUAAAUAAUUGGCUUAACAGCAGUUGAAAUUAGUUAGUGUGUUUUUUGUGCUUGAGCAGCAGGAGUUAAUGCUGCAAUUGGGCAAAAGGAUACGGAUACCGGAAGCAGUUCAAGUGCCGUUAGCAAAUGUAAUUGAAGCUUAACUACCAAAGCAAAACAAGGAGCAAACACUUAGGGAAUAAGUUGCAACACGCUGGAACACAAGAAAAACAGCAAAACAAAGCAAAACAAACAACUGCCAAAGAAAAGACUGAAAGUUAGGGGAAUUUUCCCUUGAAUACACACCACCACGCAUUCCGAAAGAAGAAGGACCAAAAACCCAAGUGGAAUAUCUGAGCAUCAACAUCAACUUUAAAGCCUGUGUGGAAAUGUUGUAGAACCCCAUCAGAAUUUGGUUUGUGGAAAAGUACGAGGCAUACCACAAGGCUUCAACGUUUUUUUAUUCAGCCACAAUGUUUCUGCCCGUCAAAUCGAAUCACUCCGCCGAGGCGAGUGGCAACAACGAGGAUGUUACCACCACCAGCAACAAUUCAACACAGACGCCCAGCGAUCUGAGCCCACCGGGACCCAAUGAGGAAGUCUUGCCACAGGCCCAUCAUCAGAAUCCAGGACACUGCAUCGCCUCCUUUGCAGCCAUCAAUCAGAUGCGCACAAACGCACAGUUGUGCGAUGUGCGCCUCGAGGUUGGUGGCGACACCAUCAAUGCACAUCGUGUGGUGUUGGCCUCCGUCUCGCCCUAUUUCUACGCCAUGUUCAACGAUGAUAUGCUGGAGCGUACCCAGGGAUUGGUGCGACUGCACGAUGUGGACAGCGCUGCACUAAGACAGCUCAUCGAUUACACGUACACGGGAGAGAUUACGAUAACGGAGCAGAAUGUGCAGGUGCUGUUGCCUGCCUCGGGACUGCUGCAGAUGCAUUCGGUGCGCGAUGCGUGCUGCAAGUUUCUGCUGCGGCAGCUGCAUCCCUCGAACUGUCUCGGGAUUAGGAGCUUUGCGGAUGCGCAUUCGUGCAAGGAGCUGCACACGAGAUCUCACAAAUAUGCGCUGCAAAACUUUCAGCAGGUUGUGGGGACCGAGGAGUUCUUGCUGUUGCCUUUCGAGGAGGUCAAGGAACUCAUUUCGAACAGUCAGCUGAACAUUAGUUCCGAGGAGAAAGUAUUUCUGGGCGUGCUCAGUUGGGUGAAGCACGAUCUUGGCAAGCGCCGCCUGCACAUUGCCGAGCUGAUGUCGCAUGUCCGGUUGCCGCUUGUCAGCCGUGACUUCUUAAUGAGCUGCGUAGAGUCGGAGACGUUGAUGCGCGACGACUCCGAGUGCAAGGAACUGCUGCUGGAGGCCAUGAAGUAUCAUCUGCUGCCCGAGCAGCGCAGUCUGAUGGGCAGCCAGCGCACCCAAGAGCGACGUCCCGAGGGCAUGAAGCCAUACGUCUUUGCCGUGGGCGGUGGCAGCUUGUUUGCCAUCCACAACGAGUGCGAGGUCUACAAUCCGCGCUGCAAUAGCUGGUCACCGGUGGCGCCCAUGUUGUGGCGUCGCUCCCGCUCCGGCGUCACAUCCCUGCACAAGCAACUGUACGUGGUGGGUGGCUACGAUGGCGUCAGUGAUCUGGCCACUGCCGAGAGCUACAAUCCGUUGACCAACAAGUGGAUCAACAUUACGCCCAUGGGCACAAAGCGCAGCUGCCUGGGCAUCUGCUCCUACGACGGGCUGAUCUUUGUCUGUGGCGGUUACGAUGGCGCAUCCUGUCUCAGCAGCAUGGAACGCUACGAUCCGCUGACAGGCAUCUGGAGCUCCUGCCCAGCGAUGAGCACGAGACGUCGCUACUGUCGUCUUGCUGUGUUGGAGAAUCAAAUCUACAGUUUGGGUGGCUUCGAUUCCACCAACUAUCAGUCGAGCGUGGAGCGCUUUGAUCCGCGUGUGGGUCGCUGGCAGCCUGUGCCCAGCAUGACGGCCAGACGCAGCAGCUGUGGCGUCGCCUCCACCGAUGGACAUCUCUACUGCAUUGGCGGCAACGAUGGCACAAUGUGUAUGUCCAGCGGCGAACGCUUUAAUCUGCGGCGAAACUGCUGGGAACCGAUUGCAGCGAUGCACUCGCGAAGAUCCACGCACGAGGUGGUCGAAGUGGAGGGCGUUCUCUUUGCCUUGGGCGGCAACGAUGGCAGUUCGUCGCUCAACUCCGUCGAACGCUACGAUCCGCGUCUGAACAAAUGGAGUGUGGUCAAUGCGAUGGUGGCCAGACGCAGCUCCGUUGGCGCUGCUGUGCUCGACUGCUUCCAUCUGGAGCGCGGACUGGUGCAGACGACGAACUUAUGACCCCCGCUCAGCAGCAUCAGCGAGUCCUUCGCCGCUGCCACAGCGAACGGCGCUAGCAGCAGCAACGGCAAUGGAAAUGCAAAUACAAAUGCCAACAACAGCAGUGGCACCUUGACUGUUCCAAGUCGCGCUGAAGCUGCCGCCUUUACCGCCAACAUUGCGUUGAGCUCCUCAGCGCCGUCGGCCAGCUCCACAUUGCGUCGCCAUCGCCGGGAGACGCCCGCUCUGGCGGAGAGUCGUCGGGCCAAUAGCAAUGCCAGCAGCAGCAGCAGCAACAGCAGCGAUAGCGGCAGCAGCACUGGAACGGGAGGAGGAGGAGGAGGUGGCAAGACCCCAUCGACUGCCUGAUCCUGGUCUAUGUCGAGUGCACGACAUCCUUAAGCAACAGCAACAACAAAAUAACAUAACAAAUUUAACUAAACUACAAAAAACAAAGCUAACCCCACGCGCCUAUUGCAGGAAUUUGAUUGAUUGUUCCGAGUUCGUUAUUAUGGAUAGAUAUGAUAUAGAUAUAUACUAUAUA